AUGGCGCCCACCGCGGUCAGCUGGCUCAAGGCGUCGGACGCCGCCGCGCUUGCCGACUGCGUCAAGCACACCCAGCAGGCGGGCCUGAAAGGUCCAGGCGGGCAGGAGUGGAAGGCUUUCGUGCAGGCCCUGCCGGCGGCGCAGCGUCACCAGGACCCGUCUCGCCACGAGAAGAAGCAGCUGCUGGCCUUCCUAUCGGGCGUGGCCGCCGAGCCUGAGCAGGCCCGGCAGCUUAAGAGAUACGUCAAGUGGCGCGCAGCGGUGCAGGAGGAGGCAGCGGCCGCGCGCGCGGGUACCGGCGGAGCCGCGGAGCAGCAGGGCGAGCCCGCCGCCGCAGCAUUGAGCGGCGACGGGCGCGCGAGCAGCGCCGCGUGGCGGCUGGUGGCGCGCACGCGGGCGCACCCCAAGUUCCAGCGCUGCUACAGCUUUCCUUCAUGGGAGAAGGGUUGGAUAAGGACCAGCAGGCUGCGGCCCGAUGGGGCCGAGGCGGCAGCUGCCCCGCUGCUGCUGGGGCUGGAUUGUGAAAUGUGCGCCACCAGCAAAAGCAGCAACGCGCUUCUGUCCCUGGCGGUGGUGGACCAGUCUGGCGCGGUCCUGUUGAGGGAGCUGGUCAAACCCGAGGGCAAGGUUGUUGACCUGCGCACCGCCAUCACGGGCAUCACAAAGGACGACCUGACGGGGGUCACCGCGCGACGCAGCGACGCCGCGGCGCGGCUGGCGGCGAUGCUGGGGCCGGACACCAUCCUGGUGGGGCACUCGCUCAGCGCUGACCUGGCGGCUCUCAAGCUUGACCACCAGCCGGUCAUCGACACUGCCCUUCUCUACUCCUAUAAGGGCCUGUCUCAGGCGACGCCUUCGCUAGUCCACCUGGCGCAGCAGCUGCUCGGCCGGAAGCUGCGUGCCGGCAACAGCGGCGACGGCGACGACGGCGGCGACGGCGAUGGCCGGCAAGACGGCGGCGGCAGGAGCAGCGGCGGGGCCGCAUCGCGCAAGCGGCAGCAUGCGGAAGGCGGAGGGACGCCGGCGGAUGCGGCGGCGGCGGUAGCUGCUGCGGGUGAGGGCGUGCACGACAGCAGGGAGGAUGCGGCGGCGGCGAUGGCGCUGGUGGCUCACGAGAUGGCCAAAGAAGCGGCGGGGGAGGCCACGGCGCCGCUGGAUCCUCCGGCUGUCAAGGCCCCAAAGAGUGACCUGGUGAAGCUGCUUGUCCACUCGAUUCCAGCCUCCCUAGCUUCCCCCCAGCUUCCCAUCAUCCACGCCCUCGGCAAGGCCGGCGCGCCGCCGCCCGCGGCGGUCGAGGCGGGGUCGGGGCCGGGGCAGCUGCUGCUGGUGUUUUCGAACGCGGCGGUGGCGGAAGCGGCGUUCAGCGCGCUGCCGGGGCCGCGGGGGGCGGACAGCGUGGGGCGGCCGCAGAAGGAGCUGCAGCUGGCUGGGGGCUUCAGGGUCCGUGUGCGCAAGAUGGCGUGCCACGCGGGGGCGGCCUUUGGCAAGGACGCCCCGAAGGACAGAGGGCAGCCGAAGACGCGAAAGCGCAAGCUUAAAAAGAGGGCUGGCGGCGGGGCUGCCGCGGAGCCUGCGGCUGCGGCAGGGGGCGGCGGCGCAGAGGGCAGGUCGAAGCGGCGGCGGAAGGGCGAGGGCGAGGGCGAGGGUAUGGCAGCGGCGUCGGCGGCGGCGGCGGAUGGGGAGGUGACGCCGGGCGCCGAGACCGGAAAGAAGCGGCGGCGGAAGAAGGGCGGGAGCGAUGCUGGCGGCGGCGGCGGCGGCACGGUGCAGGAGGUGCAGGGCACAGCCCAGGCAGGAGAGAUUCCUGGCGGACCCCUGACUCAUGCCGAGUAG